UUGCCAGCCAUGAUAUUGUUCCACACGAUACGUCCCGGACUUAUAUUUUUUCUGCAAAUCCAAUGCUGCUUGUCCAGCAUGACUUGCUUUGAAGAUGGGAUCCCCUUGAGCAAGAGGGCGAACAUCACCAUAGAUGAUAUAGCCGGGCCUCUUUCAACAUGGCGCCUCAGCUGGGAUUCAUCUUUGCUUCUGAGCCACAUUUUUGAAAUUCUCGCUGCAGAAAAACUUGGAUUUGUUGUGGAUGCGGAAACAGGACCCAGCAGUACAGAUGUCCUUUACAUGCUAGCAGGCUGCUCUCAAAGAGCGCCGGAUGAUGUAAAGGCCGAUUGCAUCCUUCCUCGGCGUUUCCAUUUCUGUUUCGAAAGCUGGCAGGGCUACUCCUCGUACGUUCAGCCACUGCUGGAACAGCUGGAAGAGCGUGCGCCAGUGAAUUUGGGAUCCGUUGGCUAUCCGGGAACCUCGGGACUUUUCGUGCAAGGUGCUGCACUUGAUGCGGGCCUUCAAGACAGUGGCCUUUCCUUGGAGUUCUACAGCAAUUACGAUGCAAGAUGGUUUCACCCAGAGAAGUACACACCAAAUGUUUCAGAUGUGAAUAUGAGCCGACUACAAACUUGUGAUGAAAGUGUGAACUCCUACUAUGGGUAUCUUGGAGCAGAAUAUCUCAAUCGAACCGGAGAUUGGGGUGGAGUAAAAAUUGAGAAUGGCACUGGGACGGUGCUGUUGAAGUGCUGGGAAGAAAAGUGGUGGCUUUCACCAGUAUGCCGCAGCAAUCCAGACGAUUGCAUGCCUGUGAUUACUGGGGGAACAGGAUAUGGUUUGUGGCUGAUGCUCCAGCAAGCGUUUUGGCACAACAUGCCUUUGGCAUUCGCAACUGGAAAACGUGAACCAAUAGAUGAAUAUGUAGUUCUGGGACGGGAACUUCAAAGUCUCGUCUAUUGGUGGACUCCGGAUGUGAAAUUUGCCCUAUCAGAAGCAACAGCGGUCAUCUUUCCAAAGCACAAUCCGGCAGAGCAUAGACGGCAGAUCUACAAGAGCCAACGACAGGCCACGGUUCUGACAAAGUGGGCAUCUGCAGACAUGCAGAAAGUGGCCAAUCGCGCUCUUGCGUUGGCCGAAAGCCUCACUUUGUCAGAGCCCGAAAUCCAAGAAUUGCUGGUUGCUCAUUUGGCAUCAGGUGAUGAUCCGUGGACAAGUGCAUGCAAAUGGCUCAAACGCACUUCGCACUGGACAACCUGGUUGCCGAGCGACACUCAAUGUGCGGAAGGCAAGGGCUUGGUAGAUGCCCAAGGUGUGUUUGUCUUGAAAGAAAGUCAUGCGAUAUCUUGCUCAGUAUGCCCAGUUGGAACCUACUCCAAAAGACUGGAGACGACUCGAAUCUGUGAAGCAUGUCCUCCUGGUGAGCAUCAGAGCCUUCCAGGGGAGACGAGCUGCACUCCUUGUGAAGUUGGAACGAUGGCAGCUGAGAAAGGAUUGAUGGAGUGUGUACCGUGCCGAUUGGGCCAAUAUGCUAAUGCCACUGGUAUGACUUUUUGCCAUCAAUGUGGUUAUUCCAUGGCACCAGCACAGCUCCGUCUCUGGACCACAAGUCAAAAGGUUGUCCAAGACGGAGAAAUGUGGAUUCAGGUGCAGGGAGCUACGGAUGAAUCGAUGUGUGGCUGCAUUCCAGGAACGUAUUUGUCACCGAUUAGUUUGGAUUGCGACGUCUGUGGUGUUGGAUCCGAAUGUCCUGGCUCCAGCAAGUUGGUGCUCCUUCCUGGUUAUCAUUCCUUCGAGAACAAUCCUGGCAAGAUCUUCGAAUGCUUCGGAGACUCUGAGCGGUGCCCGGGCGGGUUGCCAGGAACUUGUGCUGCAGGGAGAGACACGAACACUGUUGCCUGCAGUCAAUGCUUACCAGGCUUGCAUGGUGUGAGCGGCAAAUGCAUACCUUGCGUUGGUGGGGACUAUGCCAUCUUGAGUAUCUCCGCUACGCUGGUUGUAUGUGCGAUUGUAUUGUUGUACUGGAUCUUUGUGAAGGAAGGUGUCAAAGCCAGGCAAUCCAGCAACUUGUUGAUUGUAGGACUUGCACUCAGUCAGUUGCUUACAACAGUUCAGCUCUUCAGUGUGAUCAAUCAAAUGCAGAUCAAUUGGUUGGAACCCUUGAACAGUUGGUUGGGACUUGCAAAUUUGCUGAGCUUUGACCUGGACUACAUCUCCAUUGGCUGCGUUGCACCCCUUGCGGCCCUGCCGCGCUUCACUCUCCAGACCUUUCUGGUGUUGGCUCUUUUCCUGGUCGCAGUCCUUGUGCACUUUCUGUUCCAGGUGAAGAAAAAUUUGGGCAACCAAAAGCGAGAUUGGCAGAACGGCCUGCUUGCGAGGACCUUAGGAAGCCUUUUCAUGGUCUUCUACAUCUCCGUCUUGGCAUCUUUGCUGACUCCAUUCAGAUGCAAUGUGCACCCCAACGGACUUUCAAGCGUGCAGGGGUACAACGAAGUGCUUUGCAAUGGGAAAGACGAGCAUUUGCAGAUGUCCUUGCUUGGUGGCUUCGGUCUUCUCUUGCCCAUCAGCUUUUUGGCGCUUUCCACAUGGGUAGUUGUCCUUGUGCUUCCACAAAGAUUGCGCGAAGCUGACGUGACAUUCAUGCAAAGUUGCAAUUUCCUGUUUGCACGAUUUCGGCCUGGGGCUGAGUUCUUUUCAGUCCUCUUCCUGGUACGGAAUCUCUUGCUUGCAUUCUUACCAUUGCUACCAACAGCAAGUGCACGAGUACUAGGGAUGAAUCUCAUGUUAGCGUUGCACGUAACUCUGACAGCGUUCUUCAAACCAUGGAAGCUGACGGCCUCAAACUAUCUGGAGCUUUUUCUCGGAAUUUUGCUGAUUUUGCUCAUCACGUUGGGCACUCUUUUUGUCCGAGAGGUGGACGAAUUCAGUGCCCUUGUGACUUGCGUGACGAUCUUCUUAGCAACCUUCGUGGCAAUUUUUGGCUGCAUGCUCUUCGGUUUCAUCAAAUAUUUGAGAGGAAAGAGGCACAAGAAGUUCAGAUACUUUCUGUGUCACCACAAGAAUGCAGCUGGAAGUGUGGCUCGGUUGUUGAAGAUGGAGUUGCAGAAGAGAGGCCGUCAGUACACCACCUUUGUAGACUGUGAUGACCUGCAUGAUCUCACAAAGCUGUUUUGGUAUGUUGGGCAAGAUACAAGCACCUUUUUGAUCCUGGGAUCCAGCGAAGUAUUGAAGAGGAAAUGGUGCGUCGGUGAGAUGGUCACCGCACGGGUGCACAGUGUGCAUGCACUCUUGCUCACCUGGCCCGACUUUGCGCGGCCUGACGAUGCAUUUAUUGAACAAUACUGCAAAGCGGUUCCAGACAUCACUGAUCUGGCAAGAUUCAGCAUUAGCAGGUUAGAUGUAGAGGAGACUUUGCGAUGGCUCAACACCUUAGAGUCCAUCACGAUGCCGCGCUCUGUGAACUCAGAAACGAUUGCAUCUGUGGUGGAUUCUUUGUGCAACGGUGAUAGAAGCAUGCGGUUCCUGUCCCAUGCAAAGGGAGAGCCAGACUGCUGCAUCAUUGCAGAUUUGAACUACAUGGAGGCUGCUGCGACCGCGUACAUUUUGUACAACAUCCUCGGUAAAGAGCUGCGACGCAGCAGUCGAUGCGCAUCCCCCCGAGUGAUAAUGGAGGGUGAAGCCAUCCCAGACAUAGCAGAGGCUGCACUAAUGGUGUGCAGCAACGGCUGCUUCUUGUGUCCCCAUGUCGCGGAUGUUCUUCUUCAAAUUGCCAGGUUGCAUCGGUGCAGCCUCCUGCCCAUCUUAUCGGAUGACUCCUUCCGAUUUCCAGAUGAAGAUUUCUUUAGUGAGUUGGUUCUACAAGCGCCAGUGCAAGGGCUGGAUAUUCGUUUGUAUGCCAAGGUCAUCAGGGUGAUGUUCAAGGAGAUUGCCAUUGUCUUUUCGACAUAUAACUCCACACAGGACGACCUUCAGCUGCGGGGCAGACAGAUUGUGAAUCGCAUCGACUCCAAUUCCAGAUCCAUCUCUUCGAAGCUCAACAGUCUGUUGCCGCAUAGUUUGAGUGGUGACUUGGAGGCUAUUCAAAGAACAUCCAGCAUAGGCUUCGAAGGCUUGAAGGCGGAUGAGAAAUCUGAGAAGGAUCAGGAUCUUCACGAUCCUUCUGAAGUGAAGGGUGAAUUGCUCAAGCUUUACUCUGCAGAAUUCGAAUGUCCCACAACUAGUUCUUCUUUUUGACUUGCGGCAAAGCCAGCAAGUCACGAUCCAUGACAUUGUUUGCGUCAUGCCUUCUUAUUUCUUUAGUUUUUGAGAAACACUUGUUUGAGUCUGUCAAAGGAAGACUUGACCUGUGUAUAUCCUAGAAUUCCAAGGGAAGUUGUUUGCCCUUCUCACGUUUCAGACUAGAAACUACUAAACAGGCAGGCCCAGCCGAUCUGAGCAGUAUAUAGGCUUUACAUGUGUUGCCAAGGAAUGUGAGAACUUUUGCGUGAAGAGGUCACAAGCUAAUCUUCUGACGAGAUAACGAGGAAGUCACUCAGAUUUUUCGUGUACAUAAGAAGCAAAUGGCAGUCAACACAAUAAAAGGAAGA